AUUGUGGGCCAAUUGAAAGAAGAGUUUCAGGUGGUGCGUACCUCCCUCAACUGGGACUGGACGGGCUCAUGCAAUUCUGUAAACUCAACAUGGCGGAUCAAUAACAAACGUCUUGUGUGUUAUUCGACAUUUGGUAACAUAACUUGGGAACAUGGCAGACAAAAAAGGGAAACACAUUGCUACGAAGAGGACACUAACCAAGAAAGAACAAGAGGAGCUGAAGAAAAAGGAAGAAGAGAAGGCGGCGGAGGUUUUUGAGGAGUUUUUAGCGUCUUUCGACGGCAACGAGAAGAGCGGCGUGAAGACGUUUGUGCGUGGCGGUAUUGUGAACGCUACUAAAGAGGAAGAGGCCGCGGAGGUGAAGAAAACCAAACUCUACCGACCUGCCACCAAAUUUUCAUCACCGCCUCAGAAUGCCUCGUCCGUGCCGGCGCAGGAAAGGAAAUCUGUCGCUAAAAAGAAGACUGAAGAGAAGAAGAAGAGCAACCUUGAACUGUUUAAAGAGGAGCUAAAGCAGAUACAGGAGGAACGGGAGGAGAGAUACAAGCGGAAGAAGAACGACCCCGGGGGCUUCACGGACCUGGACCUCCCCCCGUCCCGCCGCUCGCUGUUCGAUGAUGACCCUGGCAUGCCCACGACAACCAACCUCUAUAUUGGAUGCAUUAACCCAAAGAUGAACGAGGAAAUGCUGUGUAAAGAGUUUGGGAAGUACGGACCCCUGGCCAGCGUGAAGAUCAUGUGGCCGCGAACGGACGACGAGCGCACCAGGGUCACGAACCGCGGCUUCGUGGCCUUCAUGACUCGCAAAGACGCAGAAAGAGCUUUGGCGGCGCUCGACGGCAAAACGGUUAUGGGCUUCGAAAUGAAGCUGGGGUGGGGCAAAGCGGUCCGCAUCCCGCCCCAGCCGCUGUACACGCCCAUAGGCGUGCUAAAAACGUCCACGCCCCCGCCGCCGUCGGGCUUGCCGUUCAACGCUCAGCCUCGAGAGAGGUUCCGCAACGACUUCACCAAGCCCUUGAACAGGUCCAAGGAGGAGUUCGAAAAGACUCUGUCCGAAGCCGUAGUCAAAGUGGUUAUCCCGACAGAAAGAAACCUCUUAGGGCUCAUCCACAGGAUGAUAGAGUUUGUGGUGCGCGAGGGGCCCAUGUUCGAAGCCAUCAUCAUGAGCAACGAGAAGAAUAACCCGGACUUCAGGUUCCUGUUUGAUAACAAGAGUCAAGCGCACGUUUACUACCGGUGGAAACUGUACUCCAUUCUACAGGGCGAAUCCCCCAAUGAGUGGAGGACUUCAGACUUUAGAAUGUUCCGGGGGGGCUCCAUCUGGCGGCCGCCCCUGCUGAACCCCUACCUGCACGGAGCCGAGGACAGCCGCGAAGAGGAGGAGGAGGAGGAGGAAGAGCUGAAGAAAGGCCAGCUGAAGGCAGAGCACAGAGACAGGCUGGAGACCCUCCUGCGGACGCUGACCCCGCGCAGGGAGGACGUGGGCGACGCCAUGGUGUUCUGCCUGGAGCGGGCGGAGGCGGCGGAGGAGGUGGUGGGCUGCAUCGCCGAGUCCCUGUCCCUCCUGCAGACUCCGCUGCAGAAGAAGAUUGCAAGAUUGUAUUUGGUGUCUGAUAUCUUGUACAACUCAAGUGCCAAAGUUGCCAAUGCAUCCUACUACCGAAAAUACUUUGAAACAAAGCUGCCCCAGAUAUUUGGAGACAUUAGCGAGGCGUAUCGGAACGUUCAGGCGAGACUUCAAGCUGAGCAGUUCAAGCAAAAGAUCAUGUCGUGCUUUCGGGCCUGGGAAGAUUGGGCCAUCUACCCCGAGUCUUACCUGAUCCAGCUGCAGAACAUUUUCCUGGGCCUGGUCAGAGCUGGCGAGGAGGUGGUCGUGCGGCCUGAGUCUCCAGAUCUGGAUGGGGCUCCCCUGGAGGACGUUGAUGGGGUACCCCUGGAGAACGUGGACGGCUCGCCCUUGGCCGGCCACCCCUGGGACCCCGCCUCUCUGGACGGGGUGCCCGUGGACGACAUCGACGGGGUUCCCCUUGGCGAUACGCUGGACGAUAUCGACGGAAUGCCUUUGGAGGAAAAUUCAGAUAAAGACAAAAGCCUUCCUCACGCGCGGGUGGCCCUGUCAAAGUGGGAGAGAGUGGACGAUGCAGAGGUCCUGCCUCAAGCUUCCUCUUUUAUGUGCUUUGAUCCUUCAGCAAACACUGAAUCGAAAUGGGAUGCACUUGAAGACCAGGACUCAGAAGACAACAUGAAUGUCGGCGCCGACCCCAAGGACGGCGAGCGGGACUCGGAGGAGGACAGCAGCGACGACGACUCCUCCAGCCCCUCCAAGUUCGACGGGGCCGAGUUCAAAAGCUCCGUGAGGAACUUCGAGCUGUCGGAGAGCAAGAGGAUAAAGCUCCGAGAGCUGGAGUUAAAGGUCAUGAAAUUCCAAGAUGAGCUGGAGUCGGGGAAAAGGCCACGGAAGCCUGGAAAGAGUGUGCAGCAGCAAGUGGAACACUACAGAAACAAGCUUUUACAGAAGGAGUUUGACAAGGAGGAUCAGGAGAAGCGGGAGAAGUCCGCGCCCAAGUCUAAAGACCGGGCCAAGAAGGAGGAGAAGAAGGAGAAGGUGGAGGAGCGGAGCAAAGGGAAGGACAAGGACCGGAAGAGGAGCAAGGAGCAGAGCCAGGACCGGGAGCGCAAUCGGGGGCGGAGCAAGGACGGCGAGGAGGAGCGAAGCCGGGAGCGCACGGACCGAUACCGGAGCAGCUCCCCCGCCACGUCAAAAUCAAAGUCCCCGAAGAAGUCCAAGCGGUCCCGGUCGCCUUCUCCGAGCAGGCGGUCCUGGAGGUCGAGUUCGAGGUCACCGCACCGCUCCCACAAAAAGUCGAAGAAGAGCAAACACUGACCGCCCCGCCCCCCUCCAACAGCACCCGACAGGGGUGCAGAGACUGCUCCUCCAGUGCUCUCUUCUGUCCCACAGUGCCCCUGGAGGCCCCCCUCUGACAGCUCCCAGUGCUAGGACAGGUUUGAGUCAUGGUUUGAACAUCGUUUGUACAGUUUUCUGUGUUUGGUUUUUAUUUUUUUGUUUUUUUAAACCCCCCCGUUUAAAAAAAAAAAAUGAAUCGGUUGAUGAAAAUACGCUCCUGAAACUUUACAAUAAACGACACUCGCUGAUGUCACCCGCUUUGAUCUCGACUCAUGCCACAUCAGCAAUAAAGUCAAAUAUUUCACUUAAUCCGA